UCGUGGAUCCACUUUGACCUGGAUUGACUCGGGAACUUUAAACGUGUUUUAAAUAGAAACGUUAUUUUUUAAAUCAAUCAUACGGUUCUGUAUUGAAUAUAUAUAUCCUUUCAUUGACCAUUUCUGAAAACACUUGCUCGCAGACGACACGUGUGGAACAAUUAGACACAAAGUUAUCACCAUGUCUGUGGAAGCUGCCAUCAAGGAAAAGAUUAGCUCAAAGAAAGUCGUGAUUUACUCCAAAAGCUCAUGUCCAUUUUGUAAGAAGGCAAAACAAGUAUUCCAGAAGUAUAUAAAGAAAGGAACCUUGAAGAGAGAAGACUAUGAAGUCAUCGAGAUAGAGAACGACCCAAACUGUGUGGCCAUCCAGACUUAUAUGAUGAAGAAAACAGGAGCCAGAACGGUACCCCGAGUCUUUGUGAAGGGGAAAUUCAUUGGUGGCGGGGAUCAAGUGGUCGGCAAGGACUCUAGUGGGGAGCUCAAGAAACUGCUGGAGGAUCAAUAAUGAAGAAUUUAAGAUGUUAUAUGAUUUUGUUCAUUACAUGUAUUUUAAUUAGAAGUGUUUUACACUUUCAACAUUGUUCUAUAUGCCACUUACGUGUAUGAUUUGUGUUUUUUACAGACAUGGUUUGUUAGCUGUAAUAGUAAUUUGUGUAGCAGAAAAAAAGAGUGAAAAAUUUUCUAUUAAACCGCCUUUUCCGGUGUCAUUUGUAAAAUCUAGAAAACUUGAUUUAUACUUUGCCAGAUUAAGAAGGCAUCUUUGUGGCACUGGAUAAUGGUAUCGAUUCAAAGGCAUAAUUGCUAAAUGUUAUAAAUGAUUAAGGUUAUUCAUUGUUUAAUUAGUUAGAUAAUUGGCUAGGAGGAAUAAGCAUUCCUUGCAUGUUGACCAGUCACACCCUAUGUAUUGAUAAGGUAGAAGGAACUUUCCGUAGUUAAAAAGGCUUAACCAUUGCAAUUACCCAUUGGUAUGAACUACGAAACAAGCAAGCCAAAAUACGACCAAAAUGAUAGGUUAUAUUUGCUUACAAAGCUAUAAUAUCGAACAAAGACUUUAGGAAAUGUUGGCUUUAAGCGAGGUCAUUGAAAUUCAUAUACAUGUACAUCAACUUAUGUGUGUGUAGCCUGUCUCGGUUUAAAAUUGAUCGUACAUUUAGCACGUUCUUUAGACUUUGACAAGUUGCAUUAGGAGAUUUGUAAACACCAUAAGAAGUUGAUUGUUGGGAUAUUACUACAAAAAUAAAGAAAAUUGACGACUGGAAUGUUGAAGUCCUCUUGUUUUUCAAACAAUUUUAGUUGUUAGUUGGCUCUAAUCGUCUAUAUUCAGAAAAAAAUCUCUACAAAAAUGAUAUAACAGAAUCUAUGGUAUCAAGUUUACAGGGAUUUAUGGAAUCGACAUAUGAACAAAAGUUUUUGUACGUUUGUAAAUAACGAUUUUUGCAAUCAGAAUUCAAACUACAAAAAUAAGAUAGUUGCAAGAAAUACUACAUUAAGGCCCAAAACCUUGCGACGAAAAAGUGUCAACGUAAAG